AUCAAGACAUUCCGAAUCCGACUCGAAGUUUGAUGUGAUUUGUGGGGGGAUCUUAAACUUUCUUUGACAUGGGAGAAGCUAUGAGGAUUCUGACAAAUUGAGGGUCCAAUACCUUUCAAACUGCUCUGCAUUUCAAGUUGUAGUUAAGGUGCUUUUCACGCAGCUUGCUUCCACUCCUCUGCGUCUUUGUUGCAUAUUCUGCACCACGUUGACGGCCCAUAGAGCGCGAAUCGUGACAUGUCGAACUUUGACUCAAAGAAGCAGCAAGUUAGAAGAGAGCUGGAGAAAAUGGGUUACAAGAACAUCCCAGAGCAACAGUUAAAUGAGUUUACAUCAGACCUGCAGCGGCUGAUCUGUCGGGACCGGGGCAGCCGUGGGACCCGCAGCCAGGCCCGCUCCGGCGCCGUGACGUCACCCAGCUCCAGAAGUGGCCGCGACCACAGUCCCUGUCAGCCAAGUACGGGGCUGUCGGCCCGCAGCAGUCAGUAUUACCGGCCCGAGUCGGCCUCCGGGGUGACGAGCAGCAGCUACCGCGGCUCGCCCGGCUGCAGCGGCUCGCAGCGCUCCUCCAGCGCCCGUCCGCGCCGGAAGGUGUACCGCUGCGUGAACGGGCGGCGCGUGGUGGUGGACGAGACGACCAGCGCCUACUCGGACGCGUCGCCCGGCUCCGAGUUCGCCGACCUGCGGCCAGAGAUGGACUCGGACGGGACGCCUGCGUACAGCGAGGACUGCGAUGACGAACAGUACGACGGCGACUACGGCGACUGUGAUGACUCGUGCGGGGACGGGCGGACUGGCCAUGUGCGCGCGGCCCUUCCCGCGCCUGCGGGUCAACCCCAUCGUGCCGCCGGAGCUGCUGCCGCCUCGCCGUCUCGCCAGGCCCGGCUUCCGCGUCACGGCCGACAUGCUGUCGCACCCGAUCCGCUCCGACCCGUGCACGCGCAUGCGCUGGUACCAGGACUACUGGGACACGCUGAAAAUCCCUGGCAUCUACAAACACCACAGUCUGAUGAACGCCGUGCGCAACAUGCUCGACACCUACGACUAUCUUCCCAGGCCGCUGAACCGUCAAGAGCCGGUGUGGAACAUCAGCCUGCUGCGAGAACAGCCGACGGCCAUGGUGAAGCUCAACUGGUGCUGACGGAGCUGGCCGGGCGGCGGUCACCGCAGAGAGGAGAGAAAACUCGCCAGCACAGCGACGCGUUCACAUCGGCGCCAGAGGAAAACAUCGCAACGGACUGUCCACACCCUGGGGUCAGAGCAUCUGCGAGGACAUGGCUGCGAUAUCCCCUCGAGUAGGAGCUCACCAUUGAGGCCAGGUGGUCGCACCAUUACAACAGGGGUAAUGGGAACGUCCGGUUAAGCUUCUUGGUCGAAUUACCGUCUGUAAGGACAGAGCUGUGAUACAGGGGACGAGUUACAACUUAUAGGAGCGGGACAAUCGCACCGGGGUAAUAUCAGAACGGACAUUCUCGCCGCCUGUGGUAUCCACAGAAACUAGCGAUGGAUAGACGAUGGGAACCCAGGACGGAUGAACUAUGGAAACACUAGGAGAAUCACCUACAGGAUCGAGUCAAAAAGGAACUAUUGGAAUGCUAGGUGGAAGAACCAUACGAACACAGGAUAGAGGGACUCUGGAAACGCUGCACGCUAAGCUAAGCUUCUUAUGUAGGUGGAGAGCCAUACAAGCACUGGCAAGAGGAACCACGAAUCGAGAUAGGUUGAACUAUGGGAGGGCUGGGUAAGGAAGUUAUGGCAGCACAGGGCGUCAUUACUGCGGUGGACAAUGGAUGGAGGAAUCACAGCAUUGCUACUUGUUCCGUGGUAAAACUGUAGAACGCGGCACGGAGCUAAGAAAGUGCGGUACUGGGGAGCUAUGGGAGCACUGAGGUCAAACCUCCAGGAGGAUGAGCCCAUCGCCAAGUAGUGAAAUGAGGUGGCGGCUUUUUUGCUUGGUGCAUGAAUUCGCAUGGGUGCCUGAUCUCGUUUCUAUGAGGGCUAGGUGAUGGUAGAGGGAGUGGAUCGGAAGCAGGUUCUCGUGGUAGAGGGCGGGGAUCGGAGCGGGGUCCCAUGGUAG